AUGUCCUUGUUCCUCUAUAUGUUCUUGAGGAGGAGGAAGAAGUUGACAGAUCUUCCUCACCAUUUUGCAACCACUGCUUGUGUCCAGAGAUCAUGGAUCUCUAGGACAGGAUAUGUGUCAACCUUCACGCAAGAGAUAAGGAGAACAGGCCUUGCCCCAAACCUUAAUUCCAUGUCUUCACUUCAUUCUGAGAAGACCCAUUUGAGGAAUAACCAAUGUACCACAAUGGCUUCUUCUUCUUCUUCGACAUUGUUGGAGGACAAGGGUAAAAGAUCCAAGAGAGUGUGGAUAUGGACCAAGAACAAGCAAGUCAUGACUGCAGCAGUUGAGAGAGGAUGGAAUACUUUGAUGUUUUCUUCACACCAUCAACAACUUGCACAUGAUUGGUCAUCCAUUACGUUGAUAUGCCCUCUUUUUGUUGGUGAGGGGGAGAUUUUGGAUGGACAGAAUAAAAGGGUAGCCACAAUUUUUGACAUUUCAACUCCAGAAGAACUAGAGCGACUUAGACCUGAGGAUGAGCUGGCAGAGAACAUUGUAGUUAAUUUACUAGAUUGGCAGGUGAUACCUGCAGAAAAUAUAAUUGCUGCAUUUCAAAGCAGCCAAAAGACCGUGCUUGCGAUAUCUGAAAAUGCAUCAGAGGCUCAGAUGUUUCUUGAGGCACUUGAACAAGGUCUAGAUGGCAUAGUUUUGAAAGUAGAAGAUGUUGAACCUGUUCUCAAGAUAAAGGAGUAUUUUGACAGAAGAAUGGAAGAAAGCAAUCUACUGAGCUUGACCAAAGCCACUGUGACACAUGUUGAAGUGGCUGGAAUGGGGGAUCGUGUUUGUGUAGAUCUCUGCAGUCUCAUGAGACCUGGUGAAGGACUUCUUGUUGGAUCUUUUGCCAGAAGAUUAUUUCUUGUUCAUUCAGAAUGCUUGGAGUCAAAUUACAUUGCAAGCAGGCCUUUUCGUGUGAAUGCCUUAAGUUGUGGACCAGUGCAUGCUUAUGUUGCUGUUCCAGGAGGAAGAACAUGCUAUAUGUCAGAAUUAAAAUCAGGAAAAGAAGUGAUUGUGGUUGAUCAGCAGGGUCGGCAACGAAUUGCAAUUGUUGGGCGUGUAAAGAUAGAAACUAGACCUCUAAUCCUUAUGGAGGCAAAGAGUGACUCGGAUAAUCAAACGAUCAGCAUACUUUUGCAGAAUGCAGAAACAGUUGCCUUGGUUUGUCCCCCACAAGGAAAUACACUGUUAAAAACAGCUAUUCAUGUUACCUCACUAAAAGUUGGAGAUGAAGUUCUGUUGAGACUACAAGGAGGGGCUAGGCAUACAGGAAUAGAGAUUCAAGAAUUCAUAGUUGAGAAAUGAACAAAUAAUGAUGAUGUAUUCAAAUUAUGAUUU